GCGCCUCUGUUAUAGUGCUGAGGUCACUGACAUUCACCGGUGCGUUUCAGCUUUAACAUAACGUAACACAGAGAUCAGAUGGCCUGCCCGACGGUGUCGAGGAAACAUGUACCGGAGGACAUGACAGUAGGAUUUAUAGGAGCCGGCCGAAUGGCCCAGGCCAUGGUCAAGGGCUUUAUAUCCACAGGCAUCUUGAAGGCAUCUAACAUUGUCGCCAGUGACCCGGACCCAAGAUGUCUAGAAUUUAUCCAGAGUAUGGGCAUCAAGGUUACGGACGAUAAUCUGAAGGUCGUUGCCGACAGUCAGCUGGUGGUAUUGGCGGUCAAACCUCACAUCAUCACUCCCGUACUUAAACAGGUCUCGUCCUCCUUUUCUCGAGACAAACUCAUGGUGUCCAUAGCUGCUGGAAUCACCCUGUCCACACUGGAAGAGAAUCUCCUUCCGGCCUCACGUGUUGUCCGCGUGAUGCCCAACACUCCCGCAUUGGUCCAGGCUGGGGCGUCAGUGCUCGCCCCCGGGUCGGCCGUCCUGUCAGGGGAUCCGGAACUUGUGUCGGAACUGCUGAGCUGUAUUGGGAUCUGUGAGUCGAGUACUGAGGGACUUCUAGACGCUGUGACGGGACUUAGUGGUAGUGGACCCGCCUACGCGUUCGUUGCAAUUGAGGCCCUGGCUGACGGUGGCGUCAAGAUGGGACUUCCUAGGGACAUGGCGCUGAAACUAGCAGCCCAAACACUUCUGGGUGCUGCAAAAAUGGUCCUAGAAACAGGCAAAAAUCCUGGACAGUUGAAGGACGAGGUUUGCUCGCCAGGUGGCACCACAAUCGCUGCAAUGCACAAACUGGAAAAGGGUUGUUUUCGAGGGACACUCAUGGACGCUGUUGAAGCCGCAACAUUAAAAGCAAAGGAACUUGGGGCUAAAAAGUGAAAAUUGUGAACUUGGAGUGAUAUGGAUUAUGCAUUGUUCUCGGUUAAAUCCAUCUAAUAAUUCUUAUUGUGGACCAAAUCAUGCAAUGACGUCACCAAGUUAAAGAUGAAAUGAUGUAGACAAAUGUGUGUGUAUAAGCAGCGCAAUAGAUUAGAAAUCCAUCACAUAUGUUGAAUAAGCUGAUUACUUCAAGUAUUUACAGUUAAUUAUCCGACGGUGUGAUAAUACACCGACAUAAAUUCCUAAACCAGUUUUAAAAUUAAGUCAUCAGAAUUAUUCUGGAGUUUCUAGAAACAGGAGGUUGUAGCUCUGUGUUUGUCUGGCCAAUGAGCAGUCAUAUUUUAAUCACACCUCUGUCAUCCUCGAAACUCAAUGGCAAUCGGGAACCUUCGGCACUUUCCGUAAACGAGAAAAAUACUAUACUAAAGUAUUCUCGUUUACGGAAAGUGCCGAUGGUUCCCGAUUGACGCAAGGGGUCACGCUUACGCUCUCUGGGCGAAAGGUAACGCUACCCCUGGAGUAUAUCUAACCUCAGUGACUGGUUCCGACCACAAGGACUCGAGACAUUGUUAUAGUUGGUAUGUUUGGACCAUGACAUACCCUGUUGUGAAGGUUGUAAUAUUGGACGUUUUAAUGGUUAACAUAAACAAAGUUUGACGAAGGGUUGAUCUAAACCCCUAAAAUAUCUAAUAUUACUCUUUACACACCGGGAUAGGUAAAACCAUACCAACUGUAACAAAUCCUCAGGUCCCUGUGGUUCCGAUCCGAUGGCUAUAUGGGCAUUGAUUGUAACCGGAAAUAGAUGUACAGGUGAAUUAGUGUACUGUGAUGUCCUCCUUGUAUGAAAGUUGAUGUAAGUAUUUGUUAUAAAUGUUCGCUUAGCAACUCUCUUAACUAAUCGUGUGGGUUUUUUUUAAAUAUUGUCCGCCUGUUAUUUGUAAGUACUGCAAAAGUGGAAAUUCUCGCGUGUGAAAUGUUCGCUAAGCGACUAUCUAAAUUAAUCGCGGUGUGGAUUUUUAUUUUUUAAAUAUUGGCCCAACUGUUAUUUGUAAGUACUGCAAAAGUGGCAAUUCUCGCGUGUUGUAAUGUUCAAUUAGUGCCUCAAAACUAAUCGCGAUGUGGACAUUUUGCGUUUGCAAUGUUUCUGUAAACUAUAUAUCAAUAAUCUAAUCAAUUAACAUUUUGCUUGUGAAACUUUUCGCACAAAUUUACUCAACGCGAAAAACACGAGAAUGUAUACACCACGAAAAAUUCCACAUUUUCAGUAUACAAAACAAUAUGGAAUAUUGUGCAAUUUAUGCUUGAUUUUUGUGCUCAUAAACAGUGUGUGCAAGGAUCAUUUGAUGUGUUUUUCAGAAAUAUCGUUAUUUCCUGCAAAAACUUUCUCGGGAAUUCUGAUACCACGAGAUGAGACAUAAGGGAGAGAGAGUAUUUCCAUACAUAGAAGGCAUUGCUCGUAGAAAUUCUCUUUUAACUCAUCCAUCCCUGAAAGUUCAUAAUGAACUAUUCCAACGUUUCAUUUGGAAGAGUUCAAAUGUGUCUCCAUGGGUGGAUGAGUUAAUGUGAAGGUCUAAACCUGAGGGGUGAUAUUCUUAAUUGUCUAACCCGUGUCUGUUAAGAUAUUAAAGAAUCUCGCCCCACUGUUGUGGUUUUUCUUGUAUACCAAACCGUAUCGUUGUACUUGCGUAAGGUAAGACAGACAAAUCUUUCCCCGGGGCGAAAGUGUGAAUGCAUUUGUCUAAUGGAGGAAAAGGACUUCUCUUAGCCUUGAAAGUUGUAUCUAAACUUUUCCAAUAGUGAGUUAUCAUUGUCCCACCUAAGGGUUGAGCAGAAGUGAAUCUCUAUUUAACAUCUAUCAAUGCAUCAUAUCAUUAAGACAACGAUGCAAUUGACGUUGUCACGUCAACAAUGCAAUGACCUCGAAACGUCAACAUUUCAUUAUAUACAAAUUAUAACGGGCAGACAGGGUGAGAGAAAGAAUAAUUAAUCUUCAUUGGGCGGGAUGGAGAAUAAUUUGGGGAAAGACACCUAUGCUAGGUAUGAGAAAUCAUGAGCUGAAAACAGGGGAGUUCCGGCGAAAGUUGGGUGAUAUUCUUAAUCGAAGACUUGCAAAGUGCUUGGCUGUCAAGAAUCUUAUCCUAAGGGUUGAGAUUAUUAUUUUUUAUUUAUCAUACUCUGAAAGUACAGAAUGAUUAUUUCCCUAUCACCCCUGAAAAAGAAUGUAGUUUAUAUAAUAUGCCAAGCAAUAGCAUGACGUCGUUAGAUUUUUUCUCUCUCGAUAUGACGUCAUACGAUUGUGUAUCUAGUCUUCAACAUAUGUUUUGACAGAGAAAUCAUUCAAAAAACUGUUAAACAGAUAACUUUCCCCCCCCCCAAAAAAGAAUAACUUAAUUAUGAAUAUGUACACACUGUAUGGUCAGUGUUCUUGCAUCCUUUUAAAAACAUGUUACGUUCAUUAUCCCUCUUUGGAAACAUGUUUUGUUGUCAUAAUAUGUGGUCAAAUAAAAACACUGGAUACACAUGUACGAUGUUUGCGUUUUACGUC